AUGCAUGUCUUUGUCAAAGGAGGAGCGCUGGUGGUGCGGUUUCUCACGCGGCGCUUCAUCGGCGACUACGAGCGGAACGCGGGUAAUCUUUACAGCAGACAGAUCCAACUAGACGGAGAGACCCUUGCUAUUCAAGUGCAAGACACACCAGGAAUUCAGAUCCAUGAACACACUCCAGAUUGUAAUGAACAGUUGAACAGGUGCAUUCGAUGGGCAGAUGCUGUUGUGAUUGUCUUCUCCAUCACAGAUUAUAAGAGCUAUGAACUGCUUAGUUACCUUCACCAGCACGUUCGACAGUUGCAUCCAGGAAACGCUAUCCCUGUUGUCAUUGUAGCAAACAAAGCGGAUCUCUUGCAUAUUAAAGAAGUAGAGCCACAGCAUGGACUUCAAUUGGCCAACAUGCUGGGUUGUGCUUUUUAUGAAGUGUCUGUCAGUGAAAACUAUAAUGAUGUCUUCAAUGCCUUCCAUGUCCUCUGUAAAGAAGUUAGUAAACAACAAAUAACCAGCACCCCUGAGAGAAGAAGAACCUCUCUCAUACCAAGGCCAAAGUCUCCCAAUAUGCAGGAUCUCAAGAGAAGAUUCAAGCAAGCUUUGUCUGCUAAAGUGAGGACUGUUACUUCUGUUUGAAAGUAAAGCUUGGUGGGCUUUUGUCUUCCCACCACUUGGUUUUUAAGGUCCAGCUGUGGAAGUUUAACCACUGGCACUGUAGAGUCCAAGGAACAUGUAUGAAAGAAGCAGGGUUCAGAUGUUCUUUUGAAUCACUGUAGAAAUAAGAAGUUAAAGGAGAAAUGAAGUUGAACCUGAAUGAGCUUCUGAAGUGGUUCUUGAUCCAAGUGGUAGAACACAUACCUUUGUUUUGAAACAGAACUUUUCAAUGAGUAAAACAAAUCUUAUCUCUCUCUCCUGUGGUGGGACAAGCUUAGCUUGA